AUGAUGAAGAAAGGUUUGCCAGGCAACGCCAAGAUUUCAAAAGACGCUAAAGAGACGGUGCAGGAGUGUGUCUCAGAGUUCAUCAGCUUCACCACGGGAGAGGCCUCAGGAAUACGUGGAGCCUCUCAAGAUUUAUUUGCACAAGUUCAGAGAGAUAUGGAGGAUGAGAAGACUGCUGGAACAGGAAUGGCUAGGCAGCUGCUGUACGCUGAUCAUCAUCCUCAUGAAUAUCAUGAUCAAAGGCAGAGGGAGCAGUUGCAGCACCUGCAUGCACCUGGGAUGAACAUGUAUGGUGGGAUGAUGAUGGGUCAUCAACAUCAUCAUCAUCAUCAAGGUCAAGGGCAUCAUCCUUAUCUUUAUGGAUCUGGUAGUGGACCCUCUAGUCUAUAA